AUAUUAAAGUCGUAGGUUAGGGUUUUUUUUUAACGGCAGAGAGGGAGAGGGAAAGGGAAGAGUGUGCGCCGCUGUUCUUCGCCGGAACAACCACUAGAGGAUAAACCACUAGGAAAGGCUAGAGAAUGGGGCGUGUGCGUACCAAGACUGUUAAAAAAUCCUCCAGGCUAGUGAUCGAGAGGUAUUAUGGGAAGAUGACUCUGGACUUCCACACUAACAAGAAGAUCUUGGAGGAAGUUGCUAUCAUUCCAUCCAAGCGAUUGAGGAACAAAAUUGCUGGUUUCUCUACUCACCUGAUGAAGCGUAUCCAAAAGGGACCAGUGAGGGGCAUUUCGUUGAAGCUCCAAGAGGAAGAGAGGGAGCGUCGCAUGGACUUCGUGCCUGAUGAGUCUGCCAUCAAGACUGAUCUGAUCGAGGUUGACAAGGAAACCAUUGAAAUGCUUACUUCUCUUGGCAUGGGUGAUCUCCCUGGGGUUGUCAAGGCGUCUGUUGAACCACAGGCUUUGCCAUCGGUUCCUGCUUUUGGUAGGGGUGGUGGUGCUGGUGGUUUUGCUAGGAGAUAUUGAAGACCUUGUUAGGGUAAUCUUCGUUUUAUUGGGUAUUUUUCUUGCACAAUUAUUUUAGUUAUCGGUUGGUUCUUUAUGUUCCAUGAUCACAUUUUUGAGGUGUCCAAUGAAGACUUGGUUAAUAAUUAGGUUUACUGAUGUUUUAUAUUGGAGUUUUGAUAGGCCGAAUCUCCUUGCAGUUUUUUCAUCAAAUGCAGCUUCUGUUUGUU